AUGUGUCGAUCUAAUUCCUAGAUCGUAAGGGAAACGGUUGGAAGCAGUCCAAAGGAAGCAGUGAGAUCGUUGGGUUGUCCUUUAUUUUUCGUUGUGCUCUAAAGCAUACUAGCAUCACUAAAAUGGCGAUGGGAACAACGCAAGGGAAGGCCACCGGGUGGCCGAGGAGAACUAGUAAUAGUUCUUUUGAAGGAAAAGUUGUACAGAAUCUAACUAUCAACAGGACAGUUAAUUUAUAUCCUUUGACAAACUAUUCAUUUGGAACAAAAGAGCCACUCUUCGAGAAAGAUCCAUCGGUGCCAGCAAGGUUUCAACGUAUGAGAGAUGAAUUUGACAAGAUUGGAAUGAGAAGGAGCGUGGAAGGAGUACUCUUGGUUCACGAACAUGGAUUACCCCAUGUUCUGCUGCUUCAAUUAGGAACGACAUUCUUCAAAUUACCUGGUGGAGAACUAAAUGCAGGAGAAGACGAGGUAGAGGGCCUAAAACGGCUCCUUACUGAGACAUUUGGACAACAAGACGGAGUCAAACAGGAAUGGCUGAUAGAAGAUAGUAUUGGAAAUUGGUGGCGACCCAACUUUGAACCACCUCAGUAUCCAUAUGUCCCUCCCCACAUUACCAAACCAAAGGAACAUAAAAGGUUGUUCCUUGUACAAUUACAGGAAAAAGCCCGGUUCGCAGUACCGAAAAAUUACAAAUUAGUUGCUGCACCAUUAUUCGAAUUGUAUGAUAAUUCUCAAGGAUAUGGACCGAUUAUUUCUAGCUUACCACAAUCACUUUGCAGAUUUAAUUUUAUUUACAUGUGAAAAAGGAUAUCAAAAUAAAAAGAUUGGUAUAUU